GCCAGUGUUUCUUUUGUUUUAAGCCGUGUUACGACAUCGCUUCAGUUAAUCAGUUUGACAAAGCAUGACAAAUUACAUUUCAUUACAAUUAAUCUGUGUUAUCACAAAACAGUAACAUGGUUUAAGCUUAAGAUCAAAUACAUGAUUAAGUCAAUGCAAACCACUAAUGACUAGGUACAUUUCUCUUAAUCGUUAUCCAGAAACAGCCUGCCUUGUCUUGUUUUUAAAUUAGACCCAAUUUUAAAAGAGAUUUUUUUGCCAAUGUGGCAGAGCUGUAACUCCACCAAAGAGGUUACGUUUUGCUCCCCGUUGUUGUUUUCAGUUUUCUUCCACCUUAGUGAGCGACGCUUUCUCUUCACCCACAUGGCCACCCGGGAGUUGCAACAGGAGCUGUGGUGCUUUGCUGAAAAGCUCCUGGGGCGAACGUUGAUCACUCCCUCAGGCAGCACUCCACAGCUCCACCUCAUAUCACGCUGGUCCUUCAUAAACAACCUACUGAAUGCUUUCCUCUCUUUAGAUCAUGGGAUUAAUGUUCGGUAAAUUCCCUCUAUGGUGGCUAAGCAGGAUUUUUUUUAAAUAAUGAAGGCAAUCUUUCCAGUAAAUCAACCCUUGUAUUAAAUACAGAAAACAGUAUCCUUCCAAACCUUACGCCACUCUUGCGAUACUUUGCGUUUCUCUUGAAAAGCUUUCUGCUGUUUGCAGAAAGCAAAGUGCGAGGCUGCAAAGGUCAGAGGACUACGAGCUGUACUUGUGCCAUAAAUAAUCGCCACGCGUAUUCAUUACUGCGUAUUCAAAACCCUGCACGCUCUGGGAUGUAUGAGAUGACAUCCUACUGCACGAUCCGUGGAUUUUAUGGCACUCUUAGCUGUGUUUCUUUUUUCUAUCUUUCGAAUAAGAGAUAUUACAAGAUUUCCUAGUGAGGGAAGUAAAAUGAAUGUAAAAUGAAUGCUUUCAAACAGGCUCGUUACUUUUUAAAGGCCGCUCUACUUAACCUCACCUGACGACUGUGCGCUUUGCUAUAGGAAUGAAUUAACUGCAGUUAAUCUGACUUUAAAGUUAUAGCCAUUGAUGUGUUUAGUUGUUUUUUUUACACUUGACUCUCACCCAGAGUGCUUCGGGACAGAGGGAGUUUCCCUGCUAUGCCGUGGAUGGCCGACGCCAGUCCGUUAAAGCCGGAGUACGAGGGUAGCGUGUGUCUGUCAGGCUUUAUUACACGAGGACGACGGUGAUGGAGCGCCUCGGGACUACAGGCGGAGUCUCUCCGUCCAACCCUCCACCCGACUGAGCAACCUUCUGAUAGAAGCCCAUGUUUGAAGAACUUCCACCCAUCCACAAAGUGUUUGUGCAGGAGAGACUGCCAACUUCCCUGCCCCUUCAUGUGACAGCCAACGUGAUCAGCGAUGGCGUCUAUUGGAAGCGGUGCUGCGAGCAGCGGUGGGACAUUUGCGACCUCACUGAUUAUGGCCACAGCUGGAAACGGAUGUUCUUCGAGAGGCACAUGGAGAACAUUAUUGAGCUUUUUAUCCCAGAUGAAACCGAGCCGAAGACAGUUCUAGAGAUGGUGCCUCUUUGUAGGAACUACGUCAAGAGGCUGGACAUCUCCCAACUCCUGCCACCCAUCAAGGAGCCCGGGAAGGAGGAGCAGGAAUAUGGUUCAAAGUUGGCAAGCGACAGUGAGUACGAAGGGCCGUCUAUGGACCACUUCGACUUUAACAUCCUGCUCAAAAAGCUGACACAACUGGAAGAGCUUCAUUUGGUGUACAGGGUGAAGCACUGCGGUAUGAACUUUGAAUGGAAGAUGUUUGAGAUGACUGACAGAGAUUGCGAGUCCCUCGCCACGGCCCUUGUGUCCUGUAAGAGUUUGAAGCUUCUGAGGCUCCAUCAAAGCCACAUUGGGGAUAAAAAGUGCCGUCUGCUGGUGAAAAACCUUUUGGACCACCCGUCCCUGACGGAGCUCGACUUCUCUCACAACAUGAUCGGAGACAAAGGAGCCAGAGCCAUCGGGAAGCUGCUCGCCAGGAACAAGCUGGAGACCCUGAACAUGUGUGACAACGACAUCCGAUGCCCGGGCGCUAAAGCCAUAGCUCACGCCUUGUCCGAGAACUCCAGCCUUUUGUCCCUCAACCUGCGUCUCAACGGCGUGAGAGACGAGGGGGGGCAGGCCAUUGGUAAGGCCUUGCUGAACAACAAGACCCUGCUUCGCCUGCACCUGGGGGCCAAUCGGGUAACGGGGCCUACUGCCGUCGCACUGUCCAAGGUUCUAGUGGAGAACAACACCCUGAAGAGCAUCAAUCUCUCCUGCAACCAUCUGGGCGUGGAUGGAGGUAUAGCUCUGAGGGAGGCGAUGUCUCAAAACACCAGCGUGACAGAAUGUGAUAUCCGCCUGACGGAGAUUGACGAGCAGAGCGUCUCCUUCAUCAACAAGGUGGUUUGGACCCACCAGAGACAGGCUCGAGGGAGGGAAACCAAGUAAACAACAAC